AUGCCAGAGCCUCCUCAAAAUGUUAAAGAAGAGGAUAAACAUCUUGAUUUUUUAAAGGAUGAAGAGGAUACAGAUCAAAUUUUAAUUUAGUACUUAAAGAAUUGUCAUUUCAAAUUUAAAGUAAUAAAAAUUGGUUAUUGAAGAACAGUCCCUGAAAAUCAAACCAUUUUUAGAAUGCCAGAAAUAGAAGAUUUUUUGAAAUCAAAAUUAUUUAAUUCUAGUUAAGACAUUAGAAAACUUAGGAUUGCAUAAGGUAAGAAAUAAAAUUGGAAUUAUCCCCUAAUCUCCUUUCUUAUUUACUGGAACAAAUAGAAAAAAUUUAGAUAAAUAAAGUCGAAAUUUAGUAAAAAAACCUCUGUAAUCCUCUGA